AUGACAAAACGUGCUUGUGGUUUUGUUGUAUUUCGACGUAUUCGAGGAAUGAUCGAGUAUCUCCUCAUGCAAGUGUCUUACGGCGAGCAUCAUUGGACACCACCGAAAGGUCACGUCGACCCUGAUGAAUCGGACAUGGAAACCGCAUUACGUGAAACAAAAGAAGAAGCGGGCUUAUCGGCUAGCGAUUUGAACAUUUUUGAAAACGUGAAACACGAACUGAAUUACCAUGUGAAUGGAAAGCCCAAGGUUGUCGUUUAUUGGCUAGCGGAGUUACUAGACCCUGAGAAACCUAUCCGAUUGUCGGACGAGCAUCAAGCGUUUAAAUGGCUCUCACUCGAAGAGGCUUGCGCUGUAGCAAAGUAUCAAGACAUGCAAAACGCGUUAAAAAAUUUUAAUGAUUAUAUACUAAAAAAUCUCUCAUGUAUUUGUGAUGCAAAUGUAGGAGAUCAUGAUAAAAUGAAAAACAACAAUUACUGUGUCGAUUAUACUAAUGUUUCACUUUAUGUUGAAUAUGCGUAG